CAUACGAGAAAAAUCUUUUCAUAGUUCAAUUUCUGAGAAGGUCUGCAUCAUGUGCAAGGAAGGUCACAAACUGUGUCAUUGUAAAGAAUUUGGCAAAAUGCAACCAACAGAAAGAGGUGAAUAUGCAAAAAAGAACAAUUUAUGCUUUAACUGCUUAGGAGCGGGUCACUCCGCAACAAAAUGUCGCAUACCGUUGACUUGCCGCAUCUGUCGCAAGCGUCAUCAUUCUCUCUUACAUCAAGCAAAGCAAGAAGUCACACUGGGUCAAACGAGCAACUCACAACCAGUGUCACAAUCACAUGUAAGUGUAGAGGAGCCAGUUGAAGUCAACAUGAUGAUUGCUUCACAUUUUACUGCUAAAAGCAAUAUAGCUCUCUUAGCAACGGCAGAAGUGAUUGUACGAAGCACGCAAGGUCAUACAACAAUUUUGAGGGCCCUUGUCGACCAAGGCUCUCAAGCAUCCUUUAUAAGCGAAAGGGCAGCACAACGCCUUAAAACCACACGGCAAUCAGUCAAGGGAAAUGUAGUUGGCGUAGGAUCUACAAGUGUUGGCAUAAAACAAGUAGUGCAGUUGGAACUACAAUCACGUUGGGAUUCAACCUUUAGUUUAGAAAUACAAGCUUACGUGAUGCCCAAGCAACUAACUACUAAGAUACCUACCAAAACUAUAAUAUCAAACAAUUGGCCACAUAUAGAUGGACUCAACCUGGCAGAUCCUAGAUAUCAUAUACCAGGUUCAAUCGACUUACUUCUAGGUGUUAGAGAAUAUGCGCAAAUAUUACAACAAGAGCUUAUCAAAGGUCCGCCAGGCACGCCAUGUGCUCAAAGAACCAACCUGGGCUGGAUUUUAUUUGGAGAUAUAAAUACAAAUACACAAGAAAAUGACGUUUUAGUUCUACAUCAUCAAGUAGAUGUUGAAGAAUUACUGAAGACAUUGUGGGAAAUAGAUACAGAUCCGAAGAGAAAACUUACCAAAGAAGAAAGAAUUUGUGAAGAAAUUUAUGAAAAGACUUAUUCUAGAAGAGAAGAUGGAAGAUAUAUAGUCAAGUUACCAUUCAAAACAGAAAGCCCGAAAUCAACCGAAGGAUUAACACGCCAAACAGCAUUAAACAGAUUAAUACAGUUAGAGAGAAGAUUUCAAAGGUCACCCCAGUUAAAAAAAGAAUAUAUUGAAGUUAUUGAAGACUACAAAGGGUUAGGUCACAUAGAAGAGGUACCAAUAAAUGAAAUACAAACAAAAAGGACGGUGUAUCUGCCACAUCACCCUAUUUUGCGUGAAGACAAAGAAACCACAAGAAUACGUGUAGUCUUUGAUGCUUCGUGCAAAGGAUCUAAUGGAAUUUCACUGAACGACGAACUGUUAAUGGGACCGGUCAUUCAAGAAGAUCUUCGAAGCAUAAUCAUGCGAUGGCGAUUACACUGUUUUUGCUUUGCAUCAGACAUUCAGAAAAUGUAUAGAAUGAUAUUAGUAACCAAGGACGACAGAGAUUACCAGAGAAUCUUAUGGAGAAGUGACACUUCGCAAGAAGUUAAAGAUUACCGGUUACUUACAGUUACCUUCGGAACAACGUCAGCACCUUACCUGGCAGUAAGAACGCUAACGCAACUGGCAUUUGACGAAGGAGAUAAAUAUCCAGAAGCUGCUCAGAUCCUUCGAGAAGACUUUUACGUAGACGAUGUUUUAUCGGGUGGCGAUACAGUAGAAGAAGUCAUAAAAAUCAGUCAAAAGCUAAAAUCUCUACUUAAAAGUGGUUGCUUCGAACUCAAAAAAUGGUCUUCCAACAGUGUCGAAUUCACGAAGUCAAUAGAACCAAAUGAAAGAUCUUCCAAAGCACACAUAGAUCUCAAAAUGGAUGGAAAAAUUAAGGCUUUAGGUAUUCUUUGGAACCUAGCCACUGAUGAAUUUUGCUAUAACUUUCAUCUCCCUGAAAAUUUAUCAAUUAUCACAAAAAGAACCGUCCUGUCAGAUCUUCAAAAAAUAUACGAUCCUUUGGGAUGGAUUGCACCGAGUGUCAUCAUGGCGAAAAUGUUUGUACAAAAAUUAUGGCUGGAAGGAGUUGCAUGGGAUGACAAAAUAAGCUCCAUCCUUGAAACAGAAUGGUUGACAUUACGAGCAGACUUCCAGCGCAUCAACGAAGUAUCCAUACCAAGAUGGUUCCACACAAUGAAGUGUAACAAACAACAGAUACAAAUUCACGGUUUUUGCGACGCAUCAUCCCGUGCUUAUGGAGCAGCCGUAUAUUGCAGAGUUGUGAAACUCGACGGUACUAUAAAGACAGCUCUCCUUGCAGCGAGAACAAGAGUGGCCCCUUUGAAAACCGUGACUUUGCCACGCUUAGAGCUUUGCGGAGCUGUUCUACUCUCCAAACUUCUUAAACAAAUCGGUCUGGCAAUGAGAAUACAAUCAGCUCAAAUAUACGCGUGGACAGACUCGUCAAUAGUUCUGUCGUGGUUGUCUGGUGCACCUAAUAGAUGGAAACAAUUUGUUGCCAACAGAGUUGUAGAAAUAACCGAUAAUGUUAACAAUAGUCAGUGGCACCAUGUACUAUCUCUUGAUAACCCCGCCGAUAUUGUAUCCAGAGGCAUGUUAGUGACGGAAUUAAGACAGUGCAAGUUGUGGUGGGAAGGGCCAAAAUGGCUUUCUAGAGAUAAAAUAAGAUUUGAAAGACCGAACAUAGUACCAAUAAAUUUAGAAGCAAAAGAAACAAUUUUAGUAAAUUUGAAGAUAGAAAGUAAAGAACAAAAUGAAUUAACUUUGACAAAAAAAAUCACAAAUUUUAAUACUUUAAAUGAAUUAUUAACAACAAUAACAUUAUGUAAAAGAUUUCUAAACUACAAGAAACACUCUGAUAUCAGUAUUCCAAUAACAACAAAUGAAUUAGAAGAUGCAUUAAUUUUGUGUAUUAAGAUUGUUCAAAGAGAAGAUUAUGAAGGAGAAAUAGAAUCUUUGAGAAAAAAUAAACAAAUAAAAGGAAACAGUAAACUAAAGAGUUUGAAUCCUUUCUUAGAUGAAAAUAAUAUUCUCAGGGUGGGCGGAAGGCUAAGACUUGCUGAUUUAGCAGAAUGUAGUAAACAUCCCAUAAUCCUAAGCAAUAAGAACAGUCUUACACCUUUAAUUAUAGGUGAUGCACAUAAAAGGACACUGCAUGGAGGUGUACAGUUGAUGCUGUCUUACAUAAGAUCAAAAUAUUGGAUAGUGAGAGCAAAGGGCUUAGUCAAGAAACACAUUCAUAAAUGUUUAGUAUGCGCUAGACAAAGCGCCACAACCAGAACCCAAAUAAUGGGAGAUCUACCACAAGUGCGAGUGACUCCAAGUCGAGCCUUUUUAUAUAGUGGAGUCGACUUUGCUGGCCCUCUUCAAGUUCUAACAUCCAAAGGCAGAGGUGCCAAGACUCACAAGGCCUAUAUAUCAAUUUUCAUCUGUAUGGUUACCAAAGCUAUACACCUAGAAUUGGUGGGAGACAUGACGUCAGAAGCAUUUAUAGGAGCAUUUAGACGAUUUGUGGCAAGGAGAGGAAAAUGUAUUCAUUUAUACAGUGAUCAGGGCAGAAAUUUUGUUGGAGCGAAUAAAGAAUUAACACAAGCUUGGAAGGAGGCUUGUGCAGAAUUUACUGGUCAUGUUGCAGCACGUCUUGUUUCCGAAGGCACACAAUGGCACUUUAUUCCUGCUUACAGUCCUAAUUUCGGUGGCCUUUGGGAAGCAGGCGUUAAAUCAAUAAAACACCACCUUAAAAGAAUUUUGUCGACUAAUUUAACGUUUGAAGAGAUGACCACCCUCUUGUGCCAAAUUGAGGCUUGCCUCAAUUCUCGUCCUUUAUGUCCAGUGGAUGAAUCCGAUACUGAUCAAAUUGAGCCUCUUACACCUGGACAUUUUUUGAUUGGAGAAGCCCCAAUUACUAUUCCCUCUCCAAGUUUAAAGGAAGUUAAAGUGCACUAUUUAACACGAUGGCAACAUACACAAAAGCUGUUGCAUGAUUUCUGGUCACGCUGGCAAUCAGAAUACCUCUCCAGGCUUCAACAGAGACCGAAGUGGCUAAAGCAAAGGAAGGAACUGGAGAGAGGAGACAUAGUGCUAAUCAAGUCGGACAAUCUCCCUCCUGGGAAAUGGGCUCUAGGACGAGUGACAGACAAACACCCUGGCCCGGAUGGAGUGACCAGAGUGUACAGUGUAAAAAGUGGUGAUAGUGUUGUUAAAAGAACUGUAACAAAAUUAUGUUUACUACCUAUUGAUUCUCAACCAUAAAUAUGUUUAUAUUAUUAUUGUAAAAGCAUGGAAUAGGUUCGCGUUUUAUAAAAAUAAUUUUAUAAUGAAAACUCAAUUUUCAUCUUCUUCUUUUAUUUGAUAAAGGACUUAGUAGUCCUUUGGUGGGCGGUAUGUUAGGUUUAUUUACUCGAACAUACAUAUGUACAUACAAAGAGACAUAAAUAUUAUAAACAUACAUCAAUGCAUAAUAUACGUACACGUAACAAAUGCUCACAAACACAUACAUAAUAAUACGUAUACCACUCCUAAUCCAUGCUUAGCGAAUUUAAAGGCUAAUUGUUUAUUUUACAAAUGCAGUCUGAAUAAAUCGUUACU